AUGAAGAAUUACGCUGGAAUUACGAAGGAGAAGUACGCUGAAAUAUUGCGUCGUAUAAAGCAGGCCGUUCCCGACGAACAGGUCCGCACAACCGUGGAAAAGAUCCACAAAACCAAAACCGGGAACAUGCUGAUUACGCUCUCAAAGAAGAGUAUUGACAAAGGUCAAGCCUUGCAAAAGGCCAUCACAGACGUUCUUCAAAAAGAAGCUGAA